CGGAAACGUCAUGAAGUGACAGCAGUGAGCGGAGCCGCAGCCGCCCGUUUCCUUUCGAGCAGCGACGCGGAUCCCGAGCACCGAACCCAGAGUCCGUGCUGUCCAGCAGACACCGAAUCCCGGCCUAGCCAUGGACGAGCAGGCGGGCCCCGGUGUGUUCUUCAACAACAACAACAAUUCGGUUCUCCCCGGCGGAGCAAAAGCGCCUCAGCCGGGCGACGGCGGUGGAGAGGCGGCCCGCGCGCACUACAGUAUCCCGGGGAUCCUGCACUUUCUGCAGCACGAGUGGGCCCGGUUCGAGCUGGAGCGCGCACAGUGGGAGGUGGAACGCGCAGAGCUGCAGGCUCAGAUCGCGUUCCUGCAGGGCGAGAGGAAAGGCCAGGAGAACCUGAAGAAAGAUCUGGUGCGGAGGAUAAAAAUGCUGGAGUACGCUCUCAAGCAGGAGAGGGCCAAAUUCCACAAGCUGAAGUACGGCACCGAACUCAACCAGGGGGACAUGAAGCCGCCCAGCUAUGACUCUGAUGACGGCAAUGAGAGCGAGGCUCUUCCGGAACCGGCCAACAGUCAACUGAGCUGGAAACAGGGGAGGCAACUGCUGCGCCAGUAUCUGCAGGAGGUGGGCUACACGGACACUAUUCUGGAUGUGAAGUCUCAGCGUGUGAAAGCUCUGCUGGGUCUGUGUGGAGAAACAGCCGGAGACGCCCGAGACGAGCCCAUGGUGAACGGCACCGAACCCGCCUCACUCAAGGACAGCACACACACCAUGAUCGGUAAAGCGGAGAUGUCGGACUCGGCCACAGUUCUGGAGGCCUUCAAGUUCAUUGAGAAAGCAGCGGCAGAGUUCAGUGAUGAGGAGGAGGAUGAGGACAGUGAAGGACAAAACAGGAGCAUCGUGGAUCUGGCCACUAUGGUGAGGAGGAAGGUGUCCCCGUCUCCGUCCUCAUCCUCCACAGACGUCAGUGAAGAUCUGGACACAGACGAGGUGCUGAAGGGCUUCGACUUCCUGGCCAACACUGAAGACAUGAUGGAGGGACAGACACAGGACACUCCUGCUGCUGGAGACUGGGAGAAGGAAGAGCAGAGCCCGUUGUGUGAGUCGUGGGACGUGGACGAGGGUCUGAUCUCCAAACUGAAGGAGCAGUACAAGAAGGAGCGCAAGGGCAAGAAGGGGGUGAAGAGGCCGAACCGCUGUAAACUGCAGGACAUGUUGGCUAAUCUGCGGGAUGCAGAGGAUCUGUCCUCCAUCCAGCCUCCGGUGGCCCCGCCAGCCCGACCCAGCUUACCCCGACUCAACGAACACCAGCUGGGACGCACCGACGAGGUAGAGGCGAUGACGUUUCCUCCAUCCUCUGGAAAGUCCUUCAUCAUGGGGACAGAUGAGGCUCUGGAGAAUGAACUGGGUCUCGGAGAGCUAGCCGGACUCACAGUGGCUAACGAGGCCGAGAUCCUGUCUUAUGACAUCACUAAUAAUAAAGAUGCACUGAGGAAAACGUGGAACCCCAAGUUCACUCUCAGGAACCACUUCGACUCGAUCCGCGGGCUGGCGUUUCACCCAGUGGAGCCGGUUCUGAUCACUGCAUCUGAAGACCACACACUCAAGAUGUGGAACCUGCAGAAGACUGCUCCCACUAAGAAGUGUGCAGCUCUUGAUGUGGAGCCCAUCUACACCUUCAGGGCUCACAGAGGGCCAGUGCUGUGUGUGGUGAUGAGCUCCAGUGGAGAGCAGUGUUUCAGUGGUGGGCUGGACGGAACCAUCCAGAGCUGGAACACUCCAAACCCAAACAUCGACCCCUACGACUCUUAUGAGUCGUCAGUGUUGCGUGGUUCUCUCAGUGGACACACGGAUGCGGUGUGGGGUUUGGUGUUCAGCUCUGCUCAUCAGCGUCUGCUGUCCUGCUCUGCUGAUGGGACUGUGCGGCUCUGGAGCGCUGCAGACACGGAGCCCGCCAUCGCCUGCUUCAACACCAACAAGGAGCUGGGCGUGCCAUCAUCAGUGGAUGUGGUGUGCAGUGAUCCGGCUCAUAUGGUCACGGCCUUCAGCAACGGCAGGACAGGAAUCUACAACAUGGAGACACGACAACUGAUCCUGGAGCUGGAGUCUCAGAGCGCUGGAAAACCUGAUGCGCCGUGUCAGAUCAAUAAAGUGCUGAGUCACCCGACGCUGCCCAUCACCAUCACCGCUCAGGAGGACCGACAUAUUCGCUUCUUCGACAACAACACCGGAAAGCUAAUUCACUCAAUGGUGGCUCAUCUGGAUGCUGUGACGAGUCUGGCGGUGGAUCCAAACGGACUUUACCUGAUGUCUGGCAGUCACGACUGCUCGGUGCGUCUGUGGAACAUGGAGAGCAAGACGUGCAUCCAGGAGUUCACGGCGCACAGGAAGAAAUUCGACGAGUCCAUAAACGACGUUGCGUUUCAUCCCAGCAAGUGCUACAUCGGCAGCGCAGGAGCCGACGCGCUAGCCAAAGUCUUCGUAUGACCUUCGCAAAAAACACAGAGAAAUAAAACACACCUCGUCCUGAUGAUCCGGGCCGGCCUGGAGCAACAAACCAGGAGCUCCUGAUCCACAAGAACAUCCCUCUAGUCUUACUUUCUCUGGGUUUCAGUGGAUUUUUCCUGUCCUUCCUGACGUGAGCGCCAGCGGAUUUCCCCGUCUGACCUUUAUUUUGUUUUCUCCUUUUAAAACGACGUGCCUUUUGCUUCACACAAACGUUUGCGCUCCGGAGAGGAAUUGUUUUAAACUCACUCAACUCCACGUCCAUUUAUUUGCUCUGAAAGUCAAGAUGGUUCUCAGUCUUGCGGGAUUUAUCCGAACAAUCUUGGAGAUGCAUUGAAUUAAAGGACUAAAAUCGAAGGCGACAGAUUUAUUCAAUUUGUACAUAAUAUUAACAAAAACAAACGUGACUUACUUUGAUGUUUGAGUUUUUGGGGUAAAACAACUAAAUUUCUACAUGUUUGUGAUUAUAGAUACAGACGUGAUCGAGCAUCAAGGUCAGAUUUGACUCGUUUCACUGCAGAAUGGGUCGUUUUUGCAUUACGAGAUAAUUAACGAGAAUUAUAUUGCAAUUUUGUGACGUAAAAUCCGAUUUUGUUAAAUUUUGUGAUGAAAAACCAUCAAAUCUCGACACUCCAAAGUCGUUCAGCUUCAAGACGUAUGUCUCUUGAUUGACAUUUUAAAAGCUAUACGUUAAUAAUAAUAAUAUUUACGUAAUUUUUAAAUAUAAGCCUGUAAGAGGGUUUGCGGUCAAAAAAAACAAAAACAUGACUCAAUUUAAUGAUUGAAUUUUGAGUAAACUACUAAAUUUCGACAUGUUUGUGAUCAUAAAUGCCCACGUUUGAGCAUGAGGAUCAAAUUUGACUGGUUUUACUACAGAAUUAAAUAUUUUGUGCAUUGCGAAAUUAUUAACGAAAGUAAUGUUGCAAUGCUAAACAUAACAGGCUUCAAUUUUGCGACAUAAAAUAUGAUUUUGUUCAAUUUUGUGUUGAAAAACCAUCUCGACACUGUUAAACAUCACCACAUACUUUUCUUGUUUUAAUUUUUUCUUGAAAGCUACAUAUUAAUAGUAAUAUUUCCGUUAUUUAAUGAACAAUCAGAGAUUGAAUUAAAGGACUAAAAUUGAAGGCGACAGAUUUAUUCAAUUUGUACAUAAAAAAAAAAAAACGUACGACUUACUUUGAUGUUUGAGUUUUUGGCUAUAGCAACGAAAUUUCUCCAUGUUUGUGAUUAUAGAUGCAGACGUGAUCGAGCAUCAAGUUCAGAUUUCACUCGUUUCACUGCAGAAUGUGUCGUUUUUGGAUUGCGAGAUAAUUAACUAGAAUUAUAUUGCAAUUUUGUGACGUAAAAUCUGAUUUUGUUCAAUUUUGUGAUGGAAAAACCAUCAAAUCUCGACACUCCAAAGCUGUUCAGCAUCAAGAUGUCUCACGAUUGAAAUUUUAAAGCUAUACAUUAAUAAUAAUAAUAUUUACGUCAUUUUAUAUGUAAACCUGUCCGAGGGUUUGUGGUUAAACAAAAACAUGACUCAAUUUAAUGUUUGAAUUUUGAGUAAACUACUCAAUUUCGACAUGUUUGUGAUCAUAAAUGCCCACGUUUGAGCAUGAGGAUCAAAUUUGACUGGUUUUACUACAGAAUUAAUCGUUUUUCGCAUUGUGAGAUUAUUAACGAAAAUAAUGCUGCAAUGUUAAACGAAACAAUUUUGUUCAGUUUUGUGUUGAAAAACCAUCUUAACACUCCAAAGCUGUUUAACAUUACAGCGUACAUCUUUAGAUUUACAUUUUUAAAAAGCUAUAGAUUAAUAAUAAUAAUUCCAUUAUUUUAGUGAACAAUCUUGGAGAUUGAAUUAAAGGUCUAAAAUUAAAGAACAAGAUCAAACGUGACUUACUUUGAUGUUUGAGUUUUUGGGGUAAAACAACUAAAUUUCUACAUGUUUGUGAUUAUAGAUGCAGACGUGAUCGAGCAUCAAGGUCAGAUUUGACUCGUUUCACUGCAGAAUGAGUCGUUUUUGCAUUGCGAGAUAAUUAAAGAAAAUUAUAUUGAAAUUUUGUGACGUAAAAUAUGAUUUUGUUCAAUUUUGUGAUAAAAAAAACAUGGACUCUUAACUCUCCAAUGCUCCUCGGCAUCAAGAUGUACGUCUUAUGAUUGACAUUUUUUAAAGCUAUACAUUAAUAAUAUUUACGUCAUUUUUAAAUAUAAACCUGCAAUAGGGUUUGCGGUCGGAAGAAAACAAACGUUUUUGUUUGAAUUUUGGGGUAAACCUACUCAUUUUCUGUGUGUUUAUGAUUGUAAAUGCACAGGUUUGAGCAUCAGGAUCAUAUUUGACUGGUUUCAGCACGGAAUUAAUCAUUUUUUCCGUUGCGAGAUUAUACGAAAAUAAUGCUGCAAUGCUAAACAAAACAGGCUUCAAUUUUGUGACGUAAAAUAUGAUUUUGUUCAGUUUUGUGUUGAAAAACCAUCUCGACACUCCAAAGCUCCAAACGUGCAUCUCUACAUAAAGAUUGUUUUGAAACGCUAUACGUUAAUAAUAAUAUUUUCAUCAUUUUGCCAUCAAUUCAGUAACAUUCAGUCUUUAUUUUGAACGAUCUUGGAGAUGCUUUGAAUUAAAGGACUAAAAUCGAAGCUGACAGAUUUAUUCAGUUUGUACAUAAUAUAUGAAAAAUCGUGACUUACUUUGAUGUUUGAAUUUUUGGGUAUAGCUACUAAAUUUCUGCGUGUUUGUGAUUAUAAAUGCACACGUUUUAGCAUCAUGAUUAAAUUUCACUUGUUUCACCGAAUAUCAAAUCGUUUUAGCAUUGCGAGAAUAUAAACGAAAAUAAUAUUACAAUCCUAAACAAAAACUGGCUUAAAUUUUGUGACGUAAAUUUAAUUAAUUUAUUUUUAUUUAUUUACUUUCCAAUAGAGUUCAACAUCAGGAUGUUUGUCUCUAGAUCGAAAUUUUACAAAGCUAUACAUUAAAUAAUAUUCACGUCAUUUUUAUAUAUAAACCUGCAGAAGGGGUUUGCUGCCGACCCAAUAAAAAAACGGAUUGCAUUGCGUUGAGAUUAUUAACAUAAAUAAUGUCGCAAAUAUCUAAAUUAUUAAUAUAAUCUUGAGACAUAAAAUAUGAUUUUGCGAUUUAAGAAAUCUUCGACUCUCAAAACAUCAGGACGUACAUCUCUCCAUCACUAUUUAUUUGAUGCUUUACAUUAUUAAUAAUAUUUGAGUAAUUUUUGCAUACAAACAUUUACAAUUUAUAUUUAAAUUUAAUCUGACGCCAUUUUGUGUGUUUUACAUUUAAAAUCAUCUCAUUGAUUAACCAAUAAAAACAGAGUGAAUAAGUUCAGAAUAUUUGACGCAGUUUAUGGCGAAAAAUCUUGCGUUGUUUUGACACGUACAAUGAUCCGGAUCUCUAUAUUUGUGGGAAAUCUGUUGAUGUUUAUUUAUUUUUGGCCUUGUUUUUCCUGUAAUGCCAAACGUGAGCGUCAGGAGCGGUUAAAUAAGACGUAUAACUUACCUUCGCUUUUACGUUUUAUAUGUGAAGGUGUGUGGCGGGUUUUUUUUGGCGGUGUGGCUGGUGGGCAGCUCCAGAUUUAUUUUUAAUUUGUUUUUGUUUUGUUUUUUUUUACUGGUCUGUGAUUACUUGAACUCUCUAGGCGUGUAUGUGUGUGUGUGUGUGUGUGUGUGUGCAGGUGUGUGUGCGUGUUUUACUGCUAGCAUAGAGAUUUUCUGCUUUAUUGGGAAUGGUUUGCCUUUAACUGAUGCCAUGAGCACUACAGGAGCGAAGUGUUUGUGCGUUUCCCAGUGGAAAGAGGACGUUUGCUGUUUUACCAAAUGCUGUUAAAGGACUGGAUUAACAUGGUGAAAUCUGCUAGCAUUUACUCGCCCUCGUGUGUUUUCUGGAAUAUAGAUUGCAUUUAUAUCACAUGAUAAAAUAUGAUGGUUAUGACUUCCUAUCGGAUAAUUCUGACAUUUAAUUUCUCGUUAAGUGUGAGAGAAAAUAAUCUGAUUUUUGAGUUAUUUUUUUUUCUUACAACUGCAAAUUGUGAGUUUUAAACCUCUAAAUUUAGGGGAAUUUUAACACACAAAUUUAGAAUUGCAAUGAAAAAAUCUGAAUUUUGGGUUUGAGGUUGCAAAUCUUCUUAUUUCUUAUAUUUGCACUUUUUUAUGUCUAAUGUCACAUUUUUGAGAGAAAAAGAUUAUAAUUUUGAGAAAACAUCAGAAGUUUAUAUCUCAAAAAUCUAACUUUUUGUAGAAUUGCGGGACAUUUCUGAGCUUUUAUAAUGCAAUUGGCUUCUUAUUACUCCUGAUUCUGAGAACUUGAGUGUUUCUAAGUUUUCUUGCACUUCUGUUUAUAACAUCUUACAGUUAUUUUUUUCUCAAAAUUGCAGUGCAAACAUACAAAGUUGUGAUUCUGAAAGUUAUUUUGACUGAUUCUGAAAGUAUUGUGACUUUAUUUCAGUGUUUUAUUGCUCACUAUUGCAACUUUUUAAAUUGCAAAGCUACAAAGUCUUAAUUCUUAGUAAAAUAUAGAUUGUGUGUAUAUCGCGUGUAAAAUACGGCUUUUAUGACUUCUCAUCACAUAAUUCUGACAUUUAUUUUUUUGCAAAGUGAGAAAAAAAUCUGAAUUUUGAGGGGAAAAUCGUUUUUUUUCUUAGAACUGCAAACUGUAAAUUUCAGUUUGUUUUAAGUUUUUUACUCAAUUGCAAUUGUGAGUUUGUACAUUAAAAUUGCAAGAAAAAACACCAGAGAUUAACUCAGAACUGCAAAAUAAAAGCCCUCUGAGUUUAUCUUAUGGUUGUUAAAAAAACAAACAAAUUGUGAGAGAUACACUCAAAAAAGGACUCAACGUUGUUGCAACUUUAUUUCUGACUGUUCUGAGUUCAGAUUUUGCACUUCCAGAGUUUUAUUUCCUCAGAAUUACAAUUGAGAAUCACAAGAUAUAAAGUUCCAAUUUUGUAAAAAAAAAAAAAAAAAGAAUAAAAAUGAAUUCAGGGGAUUUUAAGAUUCAAAUUUAGAAUUGCAAUGAAAAAAUCUGAAUUAGUUGAGUUUUGAGUUAGCAAAUCUUCUCAUUUCUUAAAUUAUGCUAAUAUUCUGAGAAGAGCAGUCUGAAAAAAGGCACCAUUUUCAGAGAAAAAGUUUAUAAUUUAGAGAAAACAUCAGAAGUUUAAAAAAUCCAACUUUUAUUUCUUGUAGAGUUGCGAGACAAAUCUUCUUUUUGUCAUGUUUUUAUCAUGCAUUUUUGAGCUAGAACUACUCCUGUUUCUGGGAAUUGCAUGCUUUAGUUUUUCUUGCACUUCUGGGUUUUUUCUCGCAAUGUAAAGAGGCAAAGUCACAAUUCUGAAAUUAAACAAACAGGUUCUUCCUUUAAGAAUUGCCACAUUCAAUUUCACACUUUUCCAAGUUUAUUCUUAAACUGUGGACUACAAAGUCUUAAUUCUAAGUAAAAUAUAAACUGUAUUUAUAUCACAUGAUAGAAUGAGGUUAUUAUGACUUCUUAUCACAUAAUUCUGACAUUUAUUUUCUUGCAAAGUGUGAGAAUAAAAACUGAAGUUUGAGGGAAAAUCUCUCUUUCUUAGAACUGCAAUUUGUGAUCUUUCAGUUUAUAUUUUAAGUUUUGUACUCAGUUGCAUUUGUAAAUUUGUACCUUAAAAUUGCAAGAAGAAAUCAUCAGAGAUGAACUCAGAACUUUAAAAUGAAAACCUUCUGAGUUUGUAUCUUGUGCUGGUGUUUUUCUCAGAAUUCAAAUUUGCUCUUAUUUUUGAAGAAAUCAUAUUCUGAGAUAUAAACUCAAAAAUCUCAAGGUUUUUGCAACUUUUUUCUCCUUAUUGUGAUUUCAGAUCUUGCAGUUCAAGUUUUUUCCUCAGAAUUACACAAUUUUGGAAAAAUAAAACAAAAAAAGCUCAAUUUUGAGGGAAUUUUAAGAUACAAAUUCACAAUUGCAAUGACAAAAAUCUGAAUUUGUGGGUUUUAGGUUGCAAAUCUUUUUUCUUACAUUUGCUAAUAAUUUAGUAAUUUUUUAUUAGAUAGUUUCUAUCGGAAAAGUCACAUUUUUGAGAGAAAAAGAUUAUAAUUUUGAGAAAAAAUGUCCUUUUAUUUUUUUGUAGAAUUGAGUUUUUAUCAUACAAUUUUGAGCUAGAAUUACUCCUGUUUCUAGGAAGUUGCAUGCUUAAUUUUGUUGCACUUCUGUUUUUUUCUCAGUAUUGCAAUGCAGAGAUACAUUCACAAUUCUGAAAUAAAAAAAACAAGUUGGAUUUUUUAUUUUUAAGUAGUGCAACUUUUAAUUUCUCUAUUGCAAGUUUAUUUUUUAAAUUGUGGAAUACAAAGUCUUAAUUCUUAGUAAAUAUAGACUGCGUUUAGAUCACAUGAUAGGAUGCUGUUAUUAUGACUUCUCAGCGCAUAAUUCUGAUAUUUAUUUUCAUGCAAAGUGUUUAAAAAACCCUCAAUUUUGAGAAUUUCUUGAGAACUGCAAAGAUUUCAGUUGAUAUUUUGCUAUUUUGACUUAUUUCUCAGUUGCAAUUGUGAGUUUGAAAGUAAAAAUUGCAAUGAAAAUCAAAAUCACCAUCAAGAAUUGCGACUUUAUUUCAGUUUCUUACUCUUUCAAUUUCCUUUUCAAUAUUGCGAAGCUACAAAGUCUUAAUUCCACCAUUCCUUACGUGUUUAUUUUUAAUAUACCAACAGGUCCACACGAGGGUGAUGUAAAUGCUUCAUUUUUCAUUUGUUUUAAUAUUCUACUCCUUUAACCAUGAGCUCUGGGAUGUGUUCGGGAAGCGUGAGUGUGUGUGCGCGUGUGUUUUCGUACUAGUAAAGAUAUUUUCUGAUUUCGUUUUUUUUUUGGUGCAUAUUAAUUUUAGAUAUAAAAUAGAAUCUGGAUAUGUAUAGUUUUAAAGUAUUGAUCACGGAUGUAUUUAUGAAGCAGAAAAUACGCUGUAUAUUAACCUGCCAAUCCACUGCGGAAGAAGCGGAUAAUAAUGAUAAUAGUUUAGUUGGCGCCACCUGCUGGUCAGAGAUGGAGACUCCAGAUGAUUGGUUAUGGAUCCAUUAAUGUGGAAAACAGCGGAGGAAGGCGGUGCGAUGUGAUUGGACGGUCAGGCGAUGAUGUCACGCACUGACCUUUGACCCCUUUGCUUGUAUAGAGAGAUUGUGUCUGGACAGAUUGUGUUAAUAAUAAAUGCUAUACUCCUCCUGUACAUAUUUUAUUAUUGAUAUUACAGUUUAUUCUUGAUUUCUUGUUGUAUUCUCUUCUCUCGCUUUUUUUCCUCAGAUGGACAUUUAUCAAUAUAAUACAAUAAUAAAAGAAUAUGUUGUAUUUCA